CGCACACCAUUCAAAAACAACAAACACUCCAUUCAUUCAUCUUCUUCAUUGAUCGAGCAGACUAUAAACACACUUGAAACUUGAAUCACAACCGUUAUCUUCAACAAUUUGACGUCAACUUCACCUUCAUAUAUUGAUUUUCAUAAGCGCAUUGCUGCAAAUGGCGUUCAGAUCUUCUAUUUUUACGCUCGAGAUCCAUCUGAAGCUGGCGUGUCUCAAGGCUAAUCGUUAUCCAGCUUCUUCUUUAUAUGAAAUUGAGCAACUUCUAUCUAAGGUGGAAGAAUCGGCAUCCGAGUCGAUUAACGAAGCAGUGCAUCCCAUAUUUGAGGCACUGAUUGCUAAAGAAUGGCUGAGGCAUCCUGAUAUAGAUGUGAAUAUCUUAGUUUCAUGUUGCAUCUGUGAGAUCUUGAGAAUUGUCGGAGCACAACCCUUCUACAAUGAUGAACAAAUGAAGGAGUUUUUUGAAUCGGUAGUGAUGAUAUUCGAGAAACUUGUAUCUGCACCUGAUGGAUGCGGUUUAGAAAUCGAUAGAUUUCUUGAAAAGUUUUCUACUGUCAGAUUGCCAGUGAUGAUGUUGGAGCUGCAGCUGGAUGAUUUAAUAAUUCAACUAUUCAGGCAUACUUUAUCCAUUUCCAACGAUGAAUUACUACGAGUCCGUUACGUUGAUCUCGUACACCAAAUGGAACCCAUUAUGACCAUGUUCAUAGAGGAAAGUAAGGAAAUCAAUCCGGAGCUUGUAGACCUCCUAAUUACAAGUGCAAGCCAGAGAAAAGAUAAUCAGCCUGCUAUACCUCUUUGUUGGCAACUAGCGGAACAAGUAAUCAAGAACUGUGCGGAUAAACUCAAGCCACAUCUCCCAAACAUGGUACAUGAUAAGGUGGCUGAAGAAACUAUAACAUCUACAACUGAAGCAAAAGAGUUAAAGAAUGAUACAAAAUAUAAUUCACAAGUUGGGUGUAUAGAGCAAAGCAAAGUUUUGGUGAUGUCAAAAUGCAGCCACUCCGAAGAUGAAAAAAAUUAUGAAAAGAAAACCGUUUCGGUUUCUGACAAUCCACCAAAGUCUGUAACAGAGGUGAAGAAAAAACGCAAGAGAAGUAACAGUUCAUGGAAGAAACAGGCUCCAUCCGUUGAUCAUGGUGAAAAUUUGGUGGGGAGCAGAAUAAAAGUUUGGUGUCCUUUACGUAAAAUUUAUGAGAAAGGAGUUGUUAAAUCAUUCGACUGUGGAUUAAAGAAGCACAAGGUAUUAUAUGAUGACGGUGAUGAAGAACUCGUUGACCUUAAGGGGGAACGAUGGAAGUUGUUUGAAAAUGUGUCCGCUAUACCUGAUUCUGUAGGAAAUGAUUCAUCUCGUGAAAGUGGUAUAAUUUGUCUCCAAGGCUACAAAGUGAAGCAGAGCUAUGCGCCAAUUCUUGAAGCCAUUUUCAACAAGCAUGGCGACAUUGCAGCCAACUGCGUAUUCAAAACAUCUUCUGCAAGAACAUAUUUCCUUGAGGUAGUUUGCGAGAUUGUCGAGCGGAUUCAAACCACUGAUAUGAUUGAGAUAGUGGAGGAUAUAGAGGGCCAAUUGUUGGAUGUAGAAGUCGCCAACAUUAACGUGUCAUGGAUUCGCGCACACAUUGAAGCUUUUCACAAAGGGAAUGAGGCCCGAAUGCUUAUGAAAACGAAGGCAAACCUCACAAUAGUUAAAAUACCAGCCCGAAGAGAUCUAGAAAUGAGAUAUGCGAAGUUUCUUGCUGCGCGUGAACGGUUUGAAAAGGCGGAUAAGUGCAUGCAAGUACUUCAUCUUGUUGAAAAGAAGCUAAAUGACAGCAUUUUGGAUACUAAGGAUGCAAAAGACUUGUAUGUUAAACAACCACUUUUAUAGCCUUACUAAGAAUAUGAAGUUUUAAAUGCGGCCUGUUGCUUCUAAAAAUCUGGCUUUUGGAACAUAAUGGUUAAUGUUUUGCAUAGCCUUUCAUGAGAGUACUUGGGAUUAGCUUUUUUUGGCAUAAACUUUUUGGUAUGCUACUUAAGGAUCAUAAGAUUAUGAGUA